CCUCCUCAUGUGAUCACUGGAAUGAAACUCCCACUAUUGUUUGAGGACUACACAAAGAGCACUUCUACUUUCCAGCACCACGUUCUGGGCAACAUACCAGCAAUACAUCUGUAGUGUGAAUGGUGGCAGCGGGACGGAUGAGCUGCGUGUCCACGUUUCCAGCGUUUUCAUAGCUUGCUGCGCGCUUCUGUGGCAGGUUUGUCAGCCGUGAACAUGUUUUACUGUGGACUGUUCACGAAUAUAACGCGUGGACUUUGUUGUCAGUCAGCAACUGUGGGAGAUCUUAUGGUGUGUUGUUUACCCCCCGCUGCUGCGUGGUGUAACUCCCCACAGUGGAAGGAAUCGGAGAGGUGAAGUGACUUUACGCACAAGCUCACCGAUUCUUGGAAGUAAUUACUGCGCGGUGGGAUGGAAGAGGAAAACCAUAACGACGCCUUGCCAGAUCUGAAAGAACUGGAAAACAAGGUUGGAAGGAAAACACCGGAAAGUCUCUUGAUUUGGAUGAGGGAUGCUGCAGACUGCGAGGAUGGUGGGAGGUCUGAGGUGGUCGACAGGGAAGAGCGCAGCUCUGCCCUCAGCGACAGCUUCUCUGACAAAAUAAACAACUUAAAACAAGAGAUGAGGGGGUUGCGUUCUGCAGACGUUAGGAUUCUUCGCCAGCUGGUGGCUGUGCACGAGGGGAUCGAGGCCAUGCGUUGGCUGAUGGAGGAGCGGGAUAACUUGGCCAGCCGUGACAGCAGCUUGACAGGCAGCCUGAGCAGCCUGGUGACUGUGGAGGAGCACGGGCCCUCGAUGUCCCCCUACCGAGAAAGCCUGAGUCCAACUCAGGAUCUGACUGAAACCACUGGUGAGGAAUCAGAGGAUCACCCACCACACACUGACCACGGUGAUUCAACCCACAAGAGCUACCUGAGCCCAGAGUUCACCCGAGCAAGUCCUCCUAGUCCUUCCUCCAAGUUUGAAGUCAAUUGUUCCACACAAGGCAGGCACGAUCAGGCGUCGUCUAGUCCUGCCAAUGGUUUGGUCAGUGCCAGUUUACCAAAGUCACAACCACAAGACUUGGACAUCAAAGACGGUGCUAAAACCAUCAGAAGAGCUCUGCUCAGGUCAAGAAGGGCAAGUAGGCCAGUGAUAGUGGAUAAUGGGAGUUUUGCCUUCACUAAACAGUCAGAGGAGACACAGACAGAGCACCAAACUCAGGACGGUUUCAGGGCCUUUCAGAACAAUACGAUGGAAAAGGAAGAGAGUCCACCCAAUAAAGACACAAUUCUGCUGGGCUAUGAUGCUCAGUGGUGCUGGGUGGAGUCACAGGACGAUGUAACCUUUCUAUGAUCUUCUCUUAGCACAAUUUACAUGUAUGACCUUUGGUUUUGUCAAGUAAUUCCCCUCAGCAGUAAACUGCCAGUAAUGCAGUGGGAUUUAAAAUGCACUUUGGCACUUAUGAAUGAGUGAUGCUUAAAAAUGAAUGUGUCACUGUCUGUCGCACUCACUGUCAGUGCCUUUGGUAAGAACGUAUGCCACUGAAGUUUUUUCAAUUCUUUUAUUCACCUGUGUAUUUUAGGAAGAAAGGAAAUCACAAAUAUGAAGGAGCUCUUUGAAAGAAUAUUAUCUGUUUGUCUGAGAACACUGGGAACUUGAAUUUUAGAGAUAUUGAUGAUGAAUCAGUCUUCUUUGUUUUCAUUUGCUUGCACUGGCAGUCAUGUUUUUGUGUUUAUUUCAUUCAUAGCUAAUGUCCGGUCUCCUUGAAAUCUUUAACAAUAGUAACAAUAGUGGAUAUAAAUAUAAUGCAACAAUAAACCUGUGAGGAUUUUUAAGAUUAAAAUGAUAUUGUUAUGCGAUGAUGAGCCUAAUCGUCCUGUUGGCAAUAAACAAGACUAAAAAGUCUUAUUUAUGCUCUUUCUUGUCUCUCAACCUAAACAGCAUGUACGCAU